UAAUGUACCUCCGCCCCUGUGAGCUAGGGAUGGAUUCACCUAUUCUUCCAUUUUCGGGUACUAUUACCGAUUAUAAGCUCCCCACAGUUUCCCGACGUAUCGUCCGGCGGCCAUAUCGCGUCUUAAGCGAUGAGUCCAAGGAGAAGCUUGAGACCGCCGUUAGAAAAUUGAAGGAAAAUCGCGUCAAUCUUGCGGAAUAUGAUCUCAUGAGACGUUUGCACCAAGCUCAAUUCUCCCCUGAAGCUCACUUCACAUCCAACUUCGCUGCUUUCCACAGAUUUUAUUUGCUCAUGUAUGAAAAAGUGCUUCAAGAAACGGCUGAUGAUCCAAAUCUCUCGCUGCCUUACUGGGAAAUUGAGCUAGAAAGUGCUUUACCUGAGCCCUCUGGCCUGCAGUUUUCCGACGUGGUUUCCGGCAUGGAGAACCUCAAGUUCAGCUCCGAUGUGGACCGGUGGUGGACCGUUUGGCAAACUCUGGGCGGCAAACGUGCGGGUAUCACCGACCCAGAAUUGCAGCAGGCGUCGUUCGUGUUGUACGAUGAGAACAAUAAUCUUGUCAGGAUUAAGGUUGAAGAUUGUCUGGACAUCAAGAAGUUAGGCUACACUUAUGAGGAUUUACCGAAGCCAAGAAGCAAGAAGUUCGAGCCGUUCACCGGAAAAAACCCGACCAGUUCUGGAUCAAAUCUUCCCACAACCACUGCCAUCUUGCCGGUGACUUUAAACAAGACUGUCAAGUUUUACGUGACGAGGCCGCCGACGACGGAAGACAAGGAGGCGGUGCUGAAUUUGCACGUGGAGUACGAUGAGACAAAGAAUAUUAGGUUUGAUGCGUACCUGAACGAGUACAAGGACGCGAAUUCGCUGGAUGUCGAAAUGGCAGAGUACGCCGGAAGUUUCAUCAACUUCGCGCUGCCGCUCCGGGGAUCGGAGCAGACCAAGACGACGACUUGGAGCCUGGAAAUCGCCCAAGUGCUUCAGGACUUGGCGCUCGCCGGCGAGAACAAGAUUCCGGUGACUCUAGUGCCAAAAAGUAGCGGUGAUUUGGUCACCGUCAAGAAUGUCGACAUCACUGCUUAAGAUCCAGCUUUACUAGAGGUUAAUCGCCAUAUGUUCUUAGUGGUUUCUUUAAAGGUGUUAUAUUGUUAUUAUGUGUGUAAGUUAUUAAUCGUCAUUAUUAGUGUUUUUUACAUUGUCAAUUAUCAUUAUGUGAUGCACAACACUUUAUCAUUAGUGCAAAUUUUGCUGAAUUUGCCACA